UUUCAUAGUCAAACGAGACAUUGUCAAAUACAGUAAUGGUUUUAAGAAAUUAUUUAUUAUAUUUUGAAAUAGUUUAGCAAGGCAUUAGUGAUGGGCACUAUAUAAUCAAGCCUACGAAGAGCUCGUUCCGAACUAAGCGGUGAUGAAGGCAAAUUCGCUGCUGCGACGAAACAUAUACCGAAGACAAGUCUACUUCGACAAUAUAAGACGCCAGUAUACUUUUGGAUUUGUGUUCGUAGAAAUAUCACGGGCGUUGGCUCUUUGUUGAAAAAACGACCCUAGUUAAUUGUAAGAAAAACGUGCACUUAUUGGAAGGCUUUAUCUCCAGCUAGCUAGCUGGCUAACUAGCCGUAGAGCUAGGUUAGCUAGCUAACAUCUUUUGGCUUCAUACGUUUUCUGAACAGAAUUGUAUACUACUAAGAUCUUAAAACAGAAGUUAUAUAUUGGUUUGGCUGCCUGACGGAGUCAUGGAAAGGGAUGCUUGUGUAGAGGUGCAGGAGAAUGGUGACAUCGAGGUGGUCAAGGAAUCAACAGGACCAUCCCCUUACAGAUAUACCAAGGAGGAGCUUUUGGAGAUCAAAUAUUUCCCAAUCUGUAAUGAAAGGCCAGACUGUCUUUUGGAAAAAUUUGACAGUGAUGGUGUGUGGGACCCUGAGAAGUGGCAUGCUUCGCUGUACUCCACCUCGGAGUGCAGCUCUCCUGUGGAUGGAUAUAAGAAGGACUUUGUGGAUGAUAGGAUCCCUCUGAAACGUAGAAUUGCAGAUCCCCGUGAGCGACUAAAGGAGGAUGACCUGGAUGUGGUGCUCAGCCCACAGCGUCGUAGCUUCGGAGGGGGGUGCGUUGGCAAUGCUUUGCCUGCACCCUCCCGGCGCCCUGUCAGCCCCCUGGAGAAUAAGGAGAAUGAGAGUCUCCGGCUGGGUGUGGCGCGGCGCAUCGGCAGUGGGCGCAUCAUGGCGGCCCGAGGAUUCGAAAGGGAGAGGGAACCCCGCGUGGAGAAGGAGCGAGACUUCAAGGAUAAGAGGUUCAGGCGUGACUUUGGGGACAAGCGUGUGUUCAGUGAGAGGAGGAGGAAUGACCUGGAGGAAGAGCCGGAGUGGUUCUCAGGGGGCCCGACCAGCCAAUCAGAGACCAUUGAGCUCAUUGGCUUUGAUGACAAGAUCCUGGAGGAGGACAAGCGCAGACCCAAACGCUCCAGGAAGAGGACAGACUCUGUGAGAGAAGCAGUGGAAUGUAACGGUGGGCUAGCAGAGGAGCAUGUAGUGAGAGAUUCUCACUCUACAGCAGACCAGGAGGUCCCUCACCCAGAGGUCCUACCAGAGCAGACAUCAGGAGACUUUGACUUCAAUGAGUUCUUCAACCUGGAGAAGACCAUGCCAGGACUGGCCUCUAUGAUAGAAGAUGUUCUGGGUGAGGGCCCUGUGUCGGCCAGCCGUUUCAGCCGGUGGUUCUCCAGUAACCUGAGUCCUUCAGGCAGCCGCUCCUCCAGCCUGCGCUCCACCCCCCACGAGGAGCUGGAGAGACUGGCCGGGCUGGACCCCCGCUGUACGUCCCCUAGCCAGGGGGGCCCUGUCCCCUACUUCACCCCCAUCCAGUCAGUGGAGUGUAGGGAUAAGGUGGACAUCCUGGAGCUGUUACACAAGGCCAAGAUAGACUUGAAACCCCUCCUCUCCAGCCUCAAUGUUAACAAGCAACGGCUACAGCAGAGCACUCACUCGGGUGUAGUUCUCUCUUUGGAGGAGGUUGAGGGGGGCCUGAAGGAGCUGAAAGUGGGCUCGGAACUGCACCACCAGAUGCCACGAAAGGCCCACCAGCAUCAGCAGCAGGGAAGCAUCGGUGGCGGAGGCAGCACCAGCAGUGGCACACCCUUCAUGGCUGAGCACCUGGAGCGGGCUCUAACAGGCGGUGUAGGCCCCAGUGCAGGGCCCCCUUGUUCACGGGCCAGAGACCCUGACAUGUCCGCUUUUAACAAGUUGGUCAGCAGCAUGAAGGCAAGUGGAACACUGCCCAGCCACCCCAAAGAAAACCAAGUGAACAGCAACCUCAAUCAGCCCUCGAACCCUGCUGUAGUGCCCCUGCCUGAAGCCACAGUGCCUGCCCAACAGCACAAGAACAUAUUCCAGGAGCUUCUGGGUGCACAGGGACCUCCCUGUAGAGGCUCCCCUUCACUCCUCCACAGCCUGCUGGGCAGCCCCAACCCCCCUCCACACCCUGGCCCUGGUCCUCAACACAGCCUGCUACAGCACAGGGGGCCCUCGCCUCCACUCUUCACACAGAGGGCUCCCUCUCCUGACUAUUUCCAUGGACGCAUGCAUCCUCCCGCCGGUUACCCUGUUGGUCCACAGCCCAUGAUUGGGGAGCAGUUCCCAGAGAUCCAUAGAUCCUUCAGCCCUGGUCCUGGACAUGGACCCACCCUACAACAGCAACAACAGAUGAGGGCGCUCUCCAUGGCUGUUGACCAGGCUGACCGUCAGGCGCUGAUCAUCCAGCAAGACCUGGCUCUCCAUGCCCACCACGCCUUCCAGACAGGUUACAACAAACCGCCUCCGAGCAAGGCCUACCAACACAACAGACAAACCAGGAUGAACCGAUCCCCUGGUCCAGGCCCUCAUCCUGCAGGCAGAAACUCCCCUGGCAACACUGUCACCAGCAUGCUUUCGCCAUCUUUCGUGCCCACGUCUGUGAUCCGUAAGAUGUACGAGACAAAAGAGAAGAGUCGAGAUGAGCCAGGUAGUCGUCCAGACAGCAAGGAGGGUCACUCCCAAGGCCACUCUCAAGAGGACAGUAGCUCUCCCAGCUCCUUCCUGGAUGGGAUGAAUGGUAGUGGUUCUCAGUCUGGAGGGGUAAAGACCUGCUCCACCCCCCUGUCCUCCCACUCCCAGGCUCGCCAGCACCCCCAGGAGCAUCCUAGGCCAGGCUCCGCUGGGCACCACACCCCCACCCUGGUGUCCCCCAGGUCUGUCUCUCCCUUCCCCCGUCCAAUCUACCCAGUACCGCUGCUAUCCCAUGGACAUGUGCCCAUGGUGCGCCCUGCUCUACCCCAGCUCCACCCCAGCGUGCUGCAGAGGAUGCUGGCCCAGGGCAUCCAGCCACAGCAGAUUGGCCCGGCUCUGAUACAGGCAGGCAUAUUUCCACAACAUGUUGACCUCUCACAGCUUCAGGGGUUGCCCUCUACCCUACUCGGACAACCCCUCUACCCCCUAGGAGCAACGGGACAUCCCCUCUUACUUCCCAGAGCCAGCAAUCCCAUGCAACUAGCGCUCAUGCAGCAGCAACUCCAGCAGCAACAACAGAGACCAAUGCAUCCAACAGUCCCAGGCCACCAGACACAGAACCACGGCCCUCAUCGGACAAACCACUCCCAGCAACGUGUGGGUAGCCCUCCUGGUGUGGGGGGAGCUGGCCUGGCCAAGUGGUUUGGCUCAGACGUGCUGCAGCAGCCCCUUCCUUCCAUGCCUGCUAAAGUCAUAAGUGUAGACGAACUUGAGUUUGGGCCCUCAGGCGUUUCAUACAACCAGAAUUCUGGAUAAAACAAGACUUAAGUUUCCCCCUCACUUCACCUCCCUGUUAGUGAAAAUGUGGUCUUUCAUUUCUAAGACUAACAGAUCCUGGAGAACGAACAAUACGUGUCCAUGUUUUGUCUUAAACCUUGAAGUCACUGGUAGCGUAUUGAGGCCUAAACUCAAAGAAAGGGAAGGAUGAGUUGUGGAAGAUUUCUUUUCUGCAGCUUAUUUGUUUUUGGGUAUUUUUUUGCAAUAAAGAUGAAGUAACAUGAGCCCAAAACUGUACAGACUGUGGGAAUAGAUGUUCUUCUUCCUGUACAUAUUUUUUUUCUUGUUAAAGGGGAAGGUUGUAUCCUGCUGUUUUUAAGUGAAAACUGCCAGUCAGAUGGAGUAGCUACCAAGCGAAGCAAGGAUUGUCAUGUCCUGGUAGUUUUAUUUCUCCCACCUUCCCCAUGGAUUUGAACUGCACUGAGAAAGGGGCUAAUGCAAGUUCAAUACCCAUGUUUGAUUGUGGAGUUGAUCUUGAGUGUUCCCUUCAAAAGAUGUCCUCCCUAUGGCUUGGUCAGUCGGUGUCCCUGCCUACCCUCUGUCUGGAGAGGUGGCUGGCGCUUACAGGAAGCCCCCAGGGGGAGCAGCAAGUGCUGGUUGUGCCUUUCGCUCUCUGAUUCUCAGUUCUUCUUUCUGUGAUUCCUUGCAUCCUAUCCAGUUGCUCGUCUAAGAUCCCUCCCCUCUGACAUUCUUCUCCAAUGUGCUUUGAAAAGGUAAAGGCUCUAAGGAAAGAUGUCUAAAAGAGCCCCCAGCCUAAUUUUUUUUUUUUUUUUUUUUUUUUUUUUUACUGCAACCCUCUUGACCCCCCCCCCCCUUCAGUCACUGGGAAAGAAGCACUGCUCUGAAUCAUGAUAUAUAUAUAUAUAUAUAUAUAUAUAUUUUUUUUUUUCUUUGUGGGGUUGGUAAGGAUUCAGUUUAUGGUAAUGUGCUAUUAAGUUAAAAGCACAAAUAGAAUGAAUAAAUAAUGUUCAAUAAAGAAUUCAUAACUU